CUUAAAUCUAUAUGAAGCGAGCAUUGAAACAGAAAAAACAAUCUAGAAGUUCAAAGAAUUCUGAUGAUAUUACUGAGCCUCAUGCAAAACUCUUACUGGAACGUUUCCCAUAUUCUAUUAAAGACCUUCAAUUUAGAGAGGUUCCAACUAUGCAAGUUAACUAAGACUUUUUUUUGGAUCCCUUUAAGACAAUAGAACAACUUUAUGCGAAAGGUUACGAGAAAUUUGGAAUAGUGAAAUUGCUUUUGCCUCCGGAGUUAAUAGUUCCGGAGAAAAAGUUCUUUAGUGAUUUGGAGAUGAAGUUGAAGGGAAAGAGAGUGGAGACACGAGUUUAGACUUUGAAUUCGCAAUAAGCAGGAGAAGUAAGUGCGUUUAUUUAGAUUAGAUAUUUGGUUCGAAUACUGUUGGAUUCACUUUACAAGAGUAUAUGAGCUACGCUAACAAAUUCGAAUGUAGUCAUAAGUUAUAGGGAGUAAGGGAAGUUUCGAAUCAAAUCAGGUAGAAUGAGAUAGAAUUCUGGUCGAUAGUGGACUUCCCAGACAGGUAUGAUGAAGUGGAGGUGGAGUAUGCAGCUGAUUUGUUGGCAACCAAGUAUGCCACUGGUUUCUAAGAUGGAUAGUUGGGAAAUCUGAGUACCAUAAACAAGAAUUGCAAUUCUAUCUUCCAAGUUCUCCAAGAGAAGAGUGAGAUGAGUGGAAUUUCAGUACCUUGGUUGUACUUGGGAAUGAAGUAUGCUAACUUCUGUUGGCAUAAGGAAGACUUGAAUUUAAAUUCCUUAAACUACAUGCAUGCUGGAGCUCCAAAAACAUGGUAAGAGUGUACAUUCUAACAUUUAGGUAUGCGAUCCCUCCAUCUCAUAGUGAAAAGUUUUUACAAUAUUUCAAUAAGAAGUAUGAGAAAGAAAGAAUACAUAACCCUCGUCUCUUGUAUGACAUAGUAUGUCAGAUUUCGCCUAUCGAAUUGGCUGAGCAAUAAAUUACAGUUCUCAGGACAGAACAGCACCCUGGUGAACUUAUUAUCACUUUAGGUGCUACCUAUCAUGCAGGAUUCUCACAUGGUAUUUUAUUAAAUAUAAAUUAUAGGAUUCAAUUGUAGUGAGGCAGUCAACGUUGCUCCUACACAAUGGCUUGAUGAAUAUGAUCGUGCUUCGGCUGAGUAUCGUAUGGAUGGCAAUUUAAAAAAAGUAAUCUUUUGAUUUAAAUUGCCUCAGAUUAGUUUUCCCUUGGAGUGGCUACUAACCAAGGUUGCUCUCAUGGCAGAUCAAGUCAAAUUUACCAAAUAAUCAUGGAUCAAGGUAAGUUUAUUUGUGAUUACUUUUUAAGUUACAUGACAAAUUUAAAAUGAUGAUCCGGACUGAAAUUGAUAGUCGAAACAGCAUCCUAGCUCUCUAUGAAUAGGUUAAGACUGUUGAGUUUGCAAAUAAAUUAGAGAAAUAUGAUCGGAAUGUCUGCAAAAUCUGUUCCAAUUAUAUGUACUCUAGUUAUAUUUUCUGUGGAAAGUAAAUCUUUUGUUGAUCAUCAUAGAUGUCUAAAAAAGGGAUGCAUUGCUCAUCAAAGUGUUUGUGCUUGUUCAAAUCCUAAGAUUUCCCUCUAUAUUCGAUACAAUAGUGAGGAAUUAUAAACAAUGCUUACAACCUUAGAAUCAAAGGCCAAUUCCAAAACGGGGUUGUGA